AUAAGGCUGCGUUCAAGAAGUCACGUCAUUAUCCAACUGCAUGAGGUUCCACUCUGUGAGGUACGUUUUUAACUGCUUGGAGUUGAGAUUUAGAAAAUGACUAAAUAGAUUUUACAACCCCUCACAUAUUCGUUUACUGACGCAUAUUUCAUACGGCACGACGUACAUAUCAUUUUCGACAUUUAUAAGACACGAUAGUGAUCUUUAGUAUUUCUUACAUUUGCACUCCUGAAUGACACAUAAAUCCUCCCCCGCCAUGGACAGACAAAAUAGUCGAUAGCAGAAUUGUCUCGUGUGGUUGGAGAAAACGGGACGAUUUCACAGCAAGGACAUUCGAUUAACUCUGAAAUGAGCGGACUCGAUUUGAUAAGACGAUUCAAAAUGUUAGGAUUUGCACCUCGUCGAUAUCUCAUUAAGAUUCCAGUGUGGCGUCCUCGAUGGGUAGACAGCGCAUCAAACCAAAUUCAUGGUCAACUGGUCUCGAGGGUCUCUCUGUUGUCGAUUCCAUCCAAACUGGCUUCAACCAACAGGCUGCUGUGCAUCAAACCAAUCAACUGGGCUGGCUCACGUCUCUGCCAUUCAGACAAGAAAGACACCAAAGGAGAUUUUACUUUGAGAGCCCUCACUCAGGCUCCCAAGCCUGCACUGUACCUUGGUUUCUCUGGGCUCAUCCCAUUUGUGACUGCCCCAUUCCUCAUGGCGAUCACUCAGUCUUUCUACCCAGAAGUGGCACAUGCUCAAAUGCUGUAUGGCGCUUGUAUAGUAUCCUUCCUCGGAGGUGCCCGCUGGGGGUUUGCCAUUCCUGAUGGUAGUCCUGCUGAACCUGACUGGAUGAACUUGGGCAACAGCGUAGUUCCCUCACUUCUGGCCUGGCUGGCUCUGCUCUGCAGGGACAAUGUCGUUGAGGGUGCUAUGUUAGUUAUGAUGGGACUAGGACUGUCUUUACACUAUGACUUGACACUGCUACCUGGAUACCCAGCCUGGUUCAAAGCCAUGAGAACUGUCCUCACUCUGGUUGCCACCUUCUCACUGGUGGCAACACUGAUCUUGAAGAAGUUCUGCACUGAGAAGAAGCUAAAAGAGUUUACCGAUUAAACGUUUCAGUCUGAUCCAAACAACACCAAAGUUUAGUCAACGUAAAGUAGAUCUCUCUUCCUGCUUACACUAUGCUUAAGUAAUUUGAGACACAUUUCCUGAAUUACAAAUCAGUGUCUCAGAAAGUGUUCACAAAUUAAGAUGACGAUGAAUACUGAACGCGGCUAAAAUAAGACAUUAGGUUGUGGUGUACUCUUUAUAUUUUGUUGUCAAUAGUGUAAGAAUGCAAGCCAUUACUAUCCCUAGAAAAACAUAGAAUAUGUUACAGGGAACUUUAAUUCACUGAAAAACAAUGUUUUGGGUUUUUUUUUCCCAACAAUGCUGUAUUUGUGUAAGGGAUAGUCAGAAUGGAAGGAAAUACUACAACCUUUCAGGUGUUCAGCUCAUUAAGUUUAACCUAAGGUUAAAAACAUUGAGGCGGCCCGGUAGUCCAGUGGUUAGCACGUCGGCUUCACAGUGCAGAGGUACCGGGUUCGAUUCCAGCUCUGGCCUCCCUGUGUGGAGUUUGCAUGUUCUCCCCGGGCCUGCGUGGGUUUUCUCCCACAUUCCAAAAACAUGCGUGGCAGGCUGGUUGAUCACUCUAAAUUGUCCCUAGGUGUGAGUGUGAGCGUGGAUGGUUGUUCGUCUCUGUGUGCCCUGUGAUUGGCUGGCAACCGAUUCAGGGUGUCCCCCGCCUACUGCCCGGAGACGGCUGGGAUGGGCUCCAGCACCCCCCGCGACCCUAGUGAGGAUCAAGCGGCUCGGAAGAUGAAUGAAUGAAUGAAUG